UUGUGGGCUCGCCGGGAGCCUCGGAGUGGAACCUGAAUGAAAGUGGCGCGCCGCUGAGGAGCCGGGUGGGGCGGCUGGCGCCGGGGUUCGGGCCACUGGCUCCAGAGCGGUCGGCUAGGUGGCGGUGUGCGGCGCAGACAUGGCUUACAACAAGAUCCCGCCGCGGUGGCUGAACUGUCCGCGGCGCGGCCAGCCGGUGGCAGGAAGAUUCUUACCUCUGAAGACAAUGCUGGGGCCAAGAUACGAUAGUCAAGUUGCUGAAGAGAACCGGUUCCAUCCCAGCAUGCUCUCAAAUUAUCUAAAGAGUCUGAAGGUUAAAAUGAGCUUGUUGGUGGAUCUGACAAAUACUUCAAGGUUCUAUGACAGAAAUGACAUAGAAAAAGAAGGAAUCAAGUAUAUCAAACUUCAGUGUAAAGGACAUGGUGAAUGCCCCACGACUGAGAAUACUGAGACAUUCAUUCGCCUGUGUGAGAGGUUUAAUGAAAGAAGCCCGCCUGAACUUAUAGGUGUUCACUGUACCCAUGGCUUCAACCGGACCGGUUUCCUCAUAUGUGCCUUUUUGGUGGAGAAGAUGGAUUGGAGUAUUGAAGCAGCAGUUGCUACAUUUGCCCAAGCCAGACCACCAGGAAUCUAUAAGGGUGAUUAUUUGAAGGAACUUUUUCGUCGCUAUGGUGAUAUAGAAGAAGCACCACCACCACCUGUCUUGCCAGAUUGGUGUUUUGAGGAUGAUGAUGAAGAUGAUGAGGAUGAAGAUGGAAAAAAGGACUCAGAACCAGGGUCAAGUGCUUCCUUUGGUAAAAGGAGAAAAGAACGGUUAAAACUGGGUGCUAUUUUCUUGGAAGGUAUAACUGUUAAAGGUGUAACUCAAGUAACAACUCAACCAAAGUUAGGAGAAGUACAGCAGAAAUGUCAUCAGUUCUGUGGCUGGGAAGGGUCUGGGUUUCCUGGAGCACAGCCUGUUUCCAUGGACAAGCAAAAUAUUAGACUUUUAGAACAGAAGCCAUAUAAAGUAAGCUGGAAAGCAGAUGGUACUCGUUACAUGAUGUUGAUUGAUGGCACAAAUGAAGUUUUUAUGAUUGACAGAGAUAAUUCAGUGUUUCAUGUUUCAAACCUGGAAUUUCCAUUUCGUAAAGAUCUCCGCAUGCAUUUAUCAAAUACCCUUUUGGAUGGGGAAAUGAUCAUUGACAAAGUAAAUGGACAGGCUGUUCCAAGAUACUUGAUAUAUGACAUAAUUAAAUUCAAUGCACAACCUGUUGGAGAUUGUGAUUUUAAUAUUCGCCUGCAGUGUAUUGAACGUGAAAUCAUAAGUCCACGACAUGAAAAAAUGAAGACUGGGCUCAUUGACAAAACACAGGAACCAUUUAGUGUGAGACCUAAACAAUUUUUUGACAUCAAUAUUUCAAGAAAGCUCCUGGAAGGAAAUUUUGCCAAAGAAGUCAGCCAUGAGAUGGAUGGACUUAUUUUUCAGCCUAUUGGAAAAUACAAACCUGGUCGAUGUGAUGAUAUUUUGAAAUGGAAACCUCCCAGUCUGAACUCUGUGGAUUUUCGACUUAAGAUAACAAGAAUGGGAGGAGAAGGGUUGCUUCCACAGAAUGUUGGCCUUCUCUAUGUUGGAGGUUAUGAAAGACCCUUUGCACAAAUCAAGGUGACAAAAGAACUAAAACAGUACGACAACAAAAUUAUAGAAUGCAAAUUUGAGAACAACAGCUGGGUCUUUAUGAGACAGAGAAUAGACAAAAGUUUCCCAAAUGCCUACAACACAGCCAUGGCUGUGUGCAAUAGCAUCUCGAACCCUGUCACCAAGGAGAUGCUGUUUGAGUUCAUUGACAGAUGUGCAGCAGCUGCCCAAGGACAGAAGCGAAAGUAUCCCCUGGACCCUGACACAGAGCUCAUGCCACCCCCACCUCCCAAGAGACUGCACCGGCCAACCUAGUCCCUGCCUCUGACCUCAUGCUCAAGAGGAAAGAAGAGUGAGAAGAAUGCUGUUGCCUCAUUUACACAGCCAGAGAAAUUAAAGAGACAAUUGUGGCUUGGUACUGACACAUGUGUUUUAAGGGAAGACAUGUAGCCAACCUGUAUAUAUUUGGUACAUUUGGUUUCUCAGAAAUACAGUACAUCAUGGACCUAAAUAUUUUAUUUAUACCUGAUAAAUUCAGCCUUACCUUUUAGAGUCUGAAGAUUGAAAUAUCCAAAGGUUUAAAUCAAAUUGAAGUCAAUGAGAUAGAGGCCUUGUUUGUAUGUGAAUAGAUACCUUUACAUUUGAUUCGUAACUAGCAAUCUGAAAUUGUGAGCUCAUUGAGUUUUUUAGUAGUUGGAUUUUAAGUUUUUCUCCUAAAAAUGUAGGCAGUGGCAUCAGAAAUUCUUGCUGUCACUUAUCAUGGAUUUCCUAUAUUUCUGAAUUUUCUAUAUUCUGAACAAUGACAAGGUCAAACAUUAUGUACAUUAAACAUUUUGGUCUGGCUAUACCUUUGUGUGUGUGUGUGUGUGUGUGUGUGUGUGUGUGUGUCUGUCUGUCUGUCUGUCUGUCUGUCUCUGUGUAUGGGAUGUAAAACAGUAACACCCCCCCCCCCUUUUUUUUUUGUAAAUUGUAUCCUUUCUUUAGAAACAACUUUGAGUGUUUUACCAUUUUUCUUGUUUGAAUCACAGUGUCAGAUGUCUGGUGUUCCCAUCCUGGCAGUGGUUUUGAGUUACUUUGUGGCACUUAAAUAUAGAGCCCCAGGGCCUUUAUGUGCUGCUGUCCUGGGAACAUUGUUUCUUUUAGACACCAGGGCUCCUUCCCCUCCCUGUACCUCAGUGGGAUCAUCACACACCACUCACUGUGAUCUCUGGGAGCGAUAUCAAACACAAAGGUGUUGUGUUAGUUCCCUCAAACAAAGCGUCAGAAGCAAUAGCAUUAUUCCUUUGUUAGAAGGUAAUGUCAACUGAACAAGGUGUUGUCUCUAGGAGAUACUGUCCUCCCACUGGACAGGAUGGAUCAUGGAGGAAGUGAAGAUGUUGCUUCCACUAUUACAGUUGCACCUGUGCUUGGGGGAUGAUAUUUCAGUGAUGCGGCUGCAUUUCAGUGUUUACUAUAGACAGUAGGUUUAAAAGGCAGCUAAUGGUCCCUGAUAUUGUAAAAAACUGUUUUGAUUGGCUUGUGAAGGGAAUUCAGAAUUAGCUACUAGCAAACAGCUUAAUGUAUUUAUUUUUAGAGACACAGGUUUUAAGUGUAUGUAUUUAAGCAAAUUUUCAUGAUCUGAAUUUUUAUAUAUGUAUAAGCAUAUAUGUGAAAGUAUAUGCAACAGUGUAUAUUCUUGUACUGAUUCAGCCAGAAGUGAAAACCCAGAUGCGUUACCUGGCAGACUGAGUAUCUGAUGGAAUUUUUAUUUGACAUAGCACAGAUGAACCAAAACUGUAUUUAUAUGAACCUGAGUUUUAAUGUUUUUAAACAAACUUUUCUUCUGUACUGCUUUUCUAUAUGGAGUACUAGGGCUGUACUUGGGCUUCUGCCUCUGUUGUUCCCAACUUAUGUAAUGUAUAGCAGAUUUAUUCAAAACACUGUUUUUUGUUUUUUUUUUGUUUGUUUGUUUGUUUUGCUUAGAUUGCUUUUGUCUGUUUGGGCACUGAAGGGAUUUAAACACCUGACUGCUACAGUGAUUACUGAAGGGAAGUUGUCAAGGUUCCUUCUGUCUUUUACAUGGUGGAUCUAAAACUGCCUGUGAACUCCAGACAGUCUAGUGCCUGCUUCCCCAGGGUCAGUGACUCUUUACACCACAGAUGUUCUGCUCCCAAGCUGGUGCAAAAACAGAGCUCCUUUUCAUAUAUAAUAACAAGCGUUUGCCAAUGAUCUUUAAUAGAAUUAAAAUGUUUGUGGUAGCUCUAACAUUUUAAAUUAAUUUUGUGAAAAGAGCAUUGUAUAGGGCUUAAGUUUUUCAGUUUACCUUUUCCUUUCAAUUAUGGUAACAUAUAAUCACUGGUUUUCUAAGCAGAUCCCAUGUAGUCCCCAGACACAGAGCCUCCUCAGGUAUCAUUAACAGUCACUUAGGUUGUUGGGUGAAACCUGGAGGCAGGAUUUAGACAUCUUGAAGGAAAUGUUCCUUCUUGAAGGCAGUUCGUCCCUUCUCAGCUCAUGUUACAAUAGCCGUUUUCUUAAGCUGAUAUUUACUAGAUAAGAGUAAGAAGACUUCUCCUGAGUUAUCGCAUGUAAAAGCUUGCUUUUUGUUUGGAAAAAAAUAUGGGUGGCUACUGCCUAGAUGGUUACUUUGCUUUCCAUGAAAUGCUCAGAAAUGCCAGAACAUUCCUUCUCUAAUUGUGUGUCAGUGUGUAUUGUAAUAAAACUACUGAUGUAAAAUAAUAGUGUCUUUCCUGUCUCACUGGCAAUGAUUUGGUGUCCCUUCUGCUACAUUGACUCUUUUUUAAAAUAUUUUAAUUUUAUAAUUAAUUUCAUUUUACAUUACAUUGACUCUUGUUGCUAACUUCCAUACCUAGUAUGGGUCAUCUGGCUAGUUACACUCUAAAGAUUAGCAUAGAGAUUUGGAAAAUCUGUUUUGCCUUCUGAGAGACUUGAUUUGUUUGAACCUUUUUUACUUUUGAAGUCUAGGGUGGAGGUACUUUAUAUUAUUUAUGUACAUUUACCCAUCUCAGCAGUCUACCAAACGAGUAUUCUCUUACAUUAUUUUUCAUGGAUUUCCUUUAGAGUAUUUAGUAGUCAAUGAAGUAAUGAACCAUCAAAUGCUUGUAAAAACUGUGCAUUUUUGUAUAUGAGAUUUUGCUAUUCGUAAGCAUAAGCACCAUUUUGAGCAAUGUUUAUAGUCUCUUCAGGCCAAUAAAAUAAAAUCUUGAAGAUCAGUGCCCAAGUAGUUAAAUGCCUAUCGUGGAGAAAAGCCCUAGGCUGGAUCCAGAGAGAAGUCCAAGCUGCACCUCCUGCUAGUUCUGUGUUCUCCCUUCCUUCUCCCUCCUUUUCCCAUUUGUAAAAUGUUAAGGUUGGACCUGAUCAAAAGGAACCUUUCUAGUCCAACUGUGAUUCUAUGUGAAGUCAGGACUCUGUGUGUGUUCACCCUAGCAGCCAUAUUUCUGUGACUGAUGGUUACCAUCAAGCUAAGUGUAUCAGUUAAGUGCCCUUCCUAACAUUCAGAUACAGAAUGUUAGACUGAAUUUUCAUCUAAGCCCCAAGCACAUCUUGGCACUCCGGUAGAGUUGCCUAAAUGUUUCUUCACAGUCCGGGUGGGGAAUUCCACUUCCACAAGGUCUCAGCUUGCCCAAUUGAAUUUUUGCUGCUGGCCAUGAUGGGCAUCAUUUGCCUCUUGCCAGAUGGAGAUGAAAUUGACAGCAGGAGAGAAAAUGUGACUGAACUGCCAUGAAGGGAAGUAUAAUAUUGGAAGUGCUGGGUUCUGAAGCUGUAAUUGGGAAACAUGGUGAUUAAAAUAAGCACUGGCCCAUUGUUUUCUUGAUUGUGGCAGUUAGCUGUCAACUCUCACACUUUGCCUUGUUAUUGUUAGCCUUGGUUUAACUUCAGUAUCUCUCCCUCCCCUCUCCUGACACCAGGUAACCAUUGUACAUGGUAAGGGAAUAAAGCUGGGGCCACUGGACUUCAAGAUUCCACAUUUCAAAAUGUACGUGGGUAGAUGGACAUGCCAGCUAUUUUUUCAUGGAAAGGCAUUUUUAAAACAUUUGUGGCCAUCAUUCAAUAACGUAAAAAGAAUUUCAAUACUGAAAAGUACUUACUUUACAAGAAAGUAUAGGCCUUUACAUAGAACAGUAAAGUACCUGCAUGUCACCCUAGGCUGGCAAAGCCUUUGUGUUGGCCCAUUGUGCUGACUAGUUUUAAGUCAAGUUGAUACAGACUAGAGUCAGUAGAGAAGAUAGAACCUCAACAUCACUGAGGAUGAAUUAAAAGAAGUGUUUGAAGAUGCCCUGGAGAUCAGAUUGGUUAGCCAGGAUGGGAAGAGUAAAGGGAUUACUUAUAUUGAAUUUAAAUCUGAAGCUGAUGCAGAGAAAAACUUUGAA